GGACGCAACAACCCAAUGACAUUUCACCAUAGCAACGCAACACACCAGCUUUGCUGUUACAAGUUAACAGCCUGGGCCAGUUGUGUUUACACAAAUGCUUAUUAGAAAACAACAGAAGACACACAUUUUAUUUUUUUGCAGACCUGCAAAAAUUGUCGAAAGCACGAUCGUUUUCAUUGUAUAAAGUGGCUUAAUGUGGUGUUUUUCAGAAUUACACAGCUACGUCCGGAAUUCAUGUUUAUGACAUCAAGGUUCCAACGCUUCUGAGGUGCCAGUUGUACUGUGAGAUGUUGUAAAGAGGUCAGAGUCAGGAAACUGAAGGUCAUUUCUAAAUCCCAAAGAUGUACUACAGCCGACCAACUCUUGUUUCAAACUGGCACAAGAACAGAGAAGCAGAGCCCAAAGACUAUGAUUUCACAACAUGCCCAGAAGGAAAGAAAUUCCUCCAUAAAUCCACAUAUCAACAUUUUGGGACAUGCAAAGAUGUAGACUGGAGUACCACGACUGAAACCCAACUGUCUCAGGGUCAGCUAGAGAAAGACUGUGAAACCCAUCGCCUGCACUCUGGGAUGAUUGACAGUGCCUACCUUGCUGGACCAGUGGGAGCCCAGUGCAAUAUUGUCUUACCCCAACACCCCCCUGGCCAUAACAAAAUGGACUUUGAAACCACGUACACACUGGACUAUCCCCCUACAUACAAUAUCAAGAAGGAAGUGGUUGGGACAGAGGAUGCAGAUGAGCAGCCAUCCAACUUCCGCAAGUGGCAGUCGGAGUUCACAGACCUGGCAGGUCACAAGCGCCGGGGCCGGAACACUUGGCAGGACGCUACCGGAGUGCAAGGAAGGGUCAGGGUCACGAGAAAGGACCAGUGCACACGCAGUAACCCCAUCUGCCCACACAGUCCUCAGUAUUCUGCCUCUAUUGUUGCAUAAUAUCUUCCUUUGAUGUGUUUUUUGGUGGUAAUAAAGCAUA